UAAAUAAUUAUUUAGAUUGGAGUUAAAAUGUAAAAUACUAAAUUGUAAUCUCCUUCUACUCACCAUGGCUAUUACUAUGGCCCCUUUUUUGUAGUAUAGUAAGAGUAGGUGACAUUACCAUUCAUUUCAUUUUAUUUUUUAUUUUUUUUUUUCAGUAUUACAAUCGGAGUUAAUCUAAUUUUUAUAUUAUAUUCCAAAUAAUUAAAACUCUAAAAUGCCGAAAAAAAAGACGGGACAAAGAAAAAAAGCAGAAAAACAAAAAUUACGGCAAAAAGAAAUUAGAACAGCUAAAGAUCAAUUGGAUAUCGCAAAAUUUCCUUCCAAUGCGGUCAUGGAAUGUGAUAAAUGUAACAAAAAGCAAAAAAAUCGAGCAUUUUGUUACUUUUGUUCCAGUGUGCAGAGGUUACCAAUGUGCGCUCAUUGUGGAAAGAUAAAAUGUAUGUUAAAAACUGGAGACUGUAUUGUUAAACAUCCUGGAGUAUUUAUCACAGGUUUAGGGAUGGUGGGAGCGAUUUGUGAUUAUUGUGAAGCUUGGGUAUGUCAUGGUAGAAAAUGUCUAACAAGUCAUUCUUGUACUUGUCCCCUGAUGGACGCAGUUUGUCAGGAAUGCGAAAGAGGCGUUUGGGAUCACGGUGGAAGAAUAUUUAAAUGUUCAUUUUGUGAUUGUUUUCUAUGUGAAGACGAUCAAUUUGAACAUCAAGCUUCAUGCCAAGUUCUUGAAGCUGAAAGUUAUAAGUGCCAAUCUUGUAAUAAAUUAGGCCAAUAUUCAUGUUUAAGAUGUAAAACAUGUUACUGUGAGGAUCAUGUCCGUAGAAAAGGUUUUAAAUACGAAAAGAAUAAAGCGAUUCCGUGUCCAAAAUGUAGUUUUGAAACAUCACAAACUAAAGAUCUUAGCAUGUCUACUCGGAGUCAUAAAUUUGGAAGACAAAAUCAAGCUAGCAAUUAUGAUUCUGAUGACGAAGGUGGUAGUUAUGGUGCUUAUGGAACUUAUGGAAAUUAUGGUGCAACGGCAGAUGAUGAUGAUGAAGAUGACGAUGAUGAUGAGGAUUAUGAUGAUGAUGAUGAUGAUGAUGACGAUGAUGAUGAGGAUGAGGAAGAUGAAAAUGAAUCAUCCACUGGUUCUGACGACGAUGAAGAUAAAAAAUCACACGAAAAAAAAUCAACUGCUUAAAUUUUUUUUUUAUGGAAUAUUCUAUGUGUAUAAAACUUUGUAUAUUCUAUGUAAAUUUUAUGAUCUACCAUAAAAUAUAAUUAAAAGAAAAAAAUUAAUAAAAAUUAACUUUGAAAAUUGAA